CUUCUUGCAUCUUCUAAAAAGAAAACAAGCAGAAAAUCAGGUGUCAGGUGCACCGAAAAUCAUUCACUUCAAAGGACCGCAAUCAAUUUGCGCGAUCAUGGACUGGCGAAGCAAUCAAUGGGAUCACGAAGAAAUAAAUUACUUCAGAAAUGUUCCACCACCAGCAAACGUGCCGCAGUUCAACCCUAACAACUUUACCAUUCCGUCGUGUCAAAAUACGUCGUCCUUCUCGUCUUUUAGAAAUGAUGAAUUUAGAUCUCCAAUGGCUGACUUGGACUAUGGAGAAGGGCCUCCGAUGGAGCGGAAGAGAAGAGUCCCGUAUCGAGGCCCGGCGCCUCACCGAAACCCAGCCCCCGGUCCAAUGGGUUUAAGUGGGCCGUGGCAGGAUGGACCUGGUGGUGGUCCACCCCCUCAAGAUUUCAGAAAUAGACCGCGUGGAUCUUUUAGAAGACCUGGUUUCGGACAACCUACAAGGUCUCAUUUUCCAGAUCAGCAUUCAGCGAAUGAUCAACAUAUGCAUCCAAGGCCACCUCCACUGUUCAAAGAUGCCCCUAAAAACAAAAAGGCCAGUCCUUACAAUAUGAGUGUCAACCCCUCUGGCAAGGUUGAUGUUGCAGCAGCUAAGCAAAAAUUGCUUGAAUCAGUCCUUAACAGUAAGGACAUGUCUUUGCCAAAGGAAUUGCUUGAAAUGUUUAGCCCGCUGAAGUGUGACCUUUGUAACGCCAAAAUGAACUCGACUGUUAUGGCUAAGCUACACUAUAGUGGGAAAACUCACGAAAAGAAAGUUCGGCAGUACAUGGCUAACCACAAAGGACCGGAGAGUGAAGCCUCUGAAGCUAAAAAGCCAAAACUUAGUGAUGAAAGUGGUUCAACAAAGCCCAUUUUGAUCACCGCAAAUUUGAAACUGGAAGAAUCUGAAGAAAGUACCUCUAUCCCUUCAAACAAUCAGAGCAAUGGUUCACUCGAAAAGCAGUCAGCUGUGAUUGAAAGUCAGAAAAUGGAGUGUGUCCAUUGCAAUGUGUCGUUUGUUUCACCUGUACAGGCAGCUCAGCACUUUAUGAGUAGAAACCAUUUUAGGAGGAUGAAAGGACUGGAUCCCAAAAAUGCAAAAUAUUACAAUCCUGAAACUUGCGAGUGGCAAGUAAAGCCAAUGCAAGCUCCAGCUGAGGACCCUACGGGGAGAUUUGGAAUUGGAUCUGAAUUUGUGAGCCCCCCUGAUGAGGUCGUCUCUGUAAGUGUGAUCAUGCCCAAAGCGCCUCCUGACAAGUCGUUGAAGGUCUAUUGUGAUGUGUGCGACUGUUACACAACAUCCCAAGAUCAAAUGCAAAACCACCUUAAGGGAAGUCGACAUCAGAAAAAAUGGGCUGCCAAGCAAAAAUCUCAAGCUAAUCUACCCCAAGGGAUCUUUUUAGAGGAGCCAGCCCCACCAAAGGAAACUCUUCUCUCAGCAGCUUCAAAGGAUAACAAGCAAGGUGUCAAAAAGCCUGGCACUGCUUCCGACAUGGCAAAUUUCCGAACUCCCUCUGGAAAUUACUACUGCUCUAUUUGCAAUCUCUCUGUAAACUCGGAGAGCCAAUUCAAGACUCAUUCAGAGAGCAAGAAGCACAAAUCUAAACUGGCCACAAUCAAGCCGGCUCCUAACUCUGCAGUGAAAAUAGAGGUGAAAUGGGACCCUCUUGCAGCUCCAUCUGAAGACGCAAGUGGCAAAAGUUUCGGCUUGAUACCUACCGAUGGAGAGCCGGUUGCAACAAAAAUGGAAAAAUAGAUCAAAGGCACAUCUUGUCUUAGAUUCCCACACGCUGUUAAUUUGUAUUGUUGUUUGUUGUGUAUAUUUUGAAUUUUGAUCAAGUUAGUGUGAUGUAUGGUGUUCCAUAUAAACUGCUAAUUUAAUAAAUUAAUAUUGAACCCAGA